AUGUCGGUCUCUCCUUCGAAAGAACCUGAACUUGACCCUGAGGCGCAAUCGGGUGAAGAACAAGAGCACAUGGACAAGGACCAGCAGGACGCGCAGGCACACCACGGCGAGUUCGAGGUGAAGGAGCAGGAUCGGUGGCUGCCGAUUGCAAAUGUCGCUCGUAUCAUGAAGUUGGCCCUACCGGAAAAUGCAAAGAUCGCGAAAGAAGCCAAGGAAUGCAUGCAGGAUCCGUUGAUCCCACUUAUCGAGACAUCCUCAUUGACCGUAUCCACAGCCUCCGAGAAAUGCCAACAGGAGAAGCGCAAAACGGUCAACGGCGAAGACAUCCUAUUUGCCAUGACCUCCCUUGGCUUUGAGAACUACGCCGAAGCUCUCAAGAUCUACCUAUCCAAAUACCGCGAGGUAGAGUGCCCCCAAAAUCCCGGAUCAUCCCAUGGAAACUCCCAGGACGAACCGCGAAACCGACUCAAAUUCAUACCCAGUUCAUUCAUGCUGACUAGACCGCAGACCCAAUCUGCCCGUGGUGAAAAUCAGAGGCCCCCAAGCGCUGGUUAUGGAGCUGGAGGACCCAGCGGCGCCCCUGGCGGCGCUGGUGCAGCUCGUCCCACCGGAUUCUCCGACGCCGAAGGUGGAAAUCCCAUGAUGAACCCCAAUCUUGACCCAUCUGAACAAGAUGCCUCUGCCUACGGCUAUCCCGCUAUGGUUGGCCAGCCUCACAACGGCGCGGGCGGCGAGUCAUAUUAG